AUGGACGUCCAGGCAGGAAGGCAGCCUGGCCCUGCGCAUCUGGACAUGGACGUCCAUGCAGGAAGUCGGCAGCCUGCGCAUCAGGACAUGGACGUCCAGGCAGGAAGGCGGCCUGAGCAUCAUCUGGACAUGGACGUCCAGGCAGGAAGGCAGCAGCCUGCGCAUCUGGACAUGGACGUCCAGGCAGGAAGGCAGCAGCCUGCGCAUCAGGACAGGGACGUCCAGGCAGGAAGGCAGCCUGCCCCUGUGCAUCUGGACAUGGUCGUCCAUGCAGGAAGGCUGCAGCCUGUGCAUCAGGACAUGGACGUCCCAGACGUUCCCAUGCACCUGCUGCAAUCCCUCUCCAUCAGACCGGAGCUUUAUGGAGCGUUUGAAAGGGCAUUUAGGACUUAUCUUGAGCUCUACGGUAGUGGAAAUCCUGAAAACGUAUCUUCAUGCCCUGGUAUAGCUCCAUUUGAUGGCCACAUCGUGGGCAACAGCAGUAGCUAUGAUGAUAUUGAAAUUGGGGAGAGGAGAAGAAGCAGCACUGCACACCAAAAAAGGCAAGACAAGAAGAUCAGAGAGCUGGAGAGAGAAGUGGCGUUUCUAAAGGCCAAGGAGAAGGCACGUCAAGCCAAGAAGGAUCUGAAGAGAAGGACGCAGAUGGAGAGAUUCAGGGUGGAGUCGGAGCAGAGACAAACGCAAGUGGAGCAAAUGAGAGCCGAGAUCGAGCGUCAAGAACGCAUGCAAGAGAUGCAAAGGAAAAGGAUGGAGAUUGACCUGCUAGGCAUGAAGGUGGCGAUGAGCAUGGUGGACCAGAGAGGAACUGCGGAGGAGGUGGAGAGGCUGAGGGCCGAGCUGGACAAGAAGAGGGAAGAGAUGAGGAGACUUGGGGAGAGGGCCAUGGCAGGAGGAGGAGGAGGAGGAGCGGUGCAUGACACACAGGUAGCCUGCCCGGAUGAACACGGGCACCCUAGAGACAGGGAUGAGGACCAACCAUAUCGGGAGACCAGGAGGAGGACAUAG